AUGUCAACAGAGACAGAGCUACAGCCAGCGGUCAGGCCCAGCAGUGUCAGACGGGACUCCAAGAGAAAAGGGCAGGAUCGCAGCGAGGCGGCUCUCAUCAGGCGUUUUAAGGGCGAUGGCGUUCGCUACAAGGCCAAGCUCAUCGGCUUGGAUGAGGUCACCGCAGCCCGUGGAGACAAACUCUGCCAGGACUCAAUGAUGAAGCUCAAGGGUAUAGCUGCAGCGGCGAGGUCUAAAGGAGAACACAAACAGAAAGUGUUUCUGACUGUUUCCUUUGGAGGGAUCAAGAUCUUUGAUGAGAAGUCAGGGGUCCUCCAACACCACCAUGCGGUCCACGAGAUCUCCUACAUUGCCAAGGACAUCACGGACCACAGAGCCUUUGGCUACGUAUGCGGGAAGGAAGGGAACCACCGCUUCGUAGCUAUCAAGACUGCACAGUCGGCUGAGCCUGUGAUUCUGGACCUGCGGGACCUGUUCCAGCUCAUCUAUGAGAUAAAGCAGCGAGAGGAGAUGGAGAAGAAGGCCCAGAAAGACAAGCAGUGUGAGCAGGCGGUCUACCAGACAAUACUGGAGGAGGAUCUGGAGGACCCAGUCUACCAGUACAUUGUGUUUGAAGCGGGACACGAACCCAUCCGCGACCAAUCAGAAGAGAGCAUUUAUCAGGUUCCCACCAGUCAGCAGAAGGAAGGGGUCUAUGACGUCCCAAAGCGACACCCAAAUAUCAACCAAUUAGAGAUUUUCGGAGACAUGUCCACACCACCUGACAUCACUUCUCCAUCGACUCCCGCCUCUCCAGCCAACACCCUCGACCCGUCGCAGGGCCUGCAGCCUCCCACAGAACUAUUUGCUCCCUUCAAUCCCGCGUCUGUGCCCUCAGGUUAUGUGACAAUGGGAGCAGUCCCACCUGGCCACUGGUCCCAGCAGGCAUUCGCAGCCCAAACACCACUGGCCUUCGGAGUCCAGUCUCCUCUCGGCCCAGUAGCCCAAGUGCUGCCAGGUGGCCAGCCUCUCAUCUGGGGUCAGGCCAACAUCUUCCCUGCCACCCAGCAGCAGUGGGCAGCAAUGGCAGCCGGAGCCUUCCCCCCCACAGCCUACCUCCCUGCCCAACCUGUGGGCACCCUGCCCGCUGCCAUGUUCCAGACUCUCGCCUCCGUCACCACUGUGACUCCAGCCGGCGAUAGCCAUUUAGGUGCAGGAGCCAGCGCCUCAGCUCCCUCUCCUUCGGCGUCGUCGAGUCCACAACACGGGGAGCGGGCAAAGAAGUUAAGCAAGGAGAUGUUCAAGGAUUUUCAGCUGGCAAAGCCUCCGGCCAUGCCAUCAAAGAAGGGUGAACAGCCCAACUUAGCAGGAACCUCAGAUGCAUUCAGCACUUACUUCAGCCGUGUGGGCACUGCCCAGGACACGGACGACUGUGACGACUUUGACAUUUCCCAAAUGAAUCUGACACCAGUCACCUCCACAACACCAUCCACCAACUCACCACCCACCCCAGCUCCCAGGCAGAGCUCCCCCUCCAAGUCCUCCGCCUCCCAUGUCAGUGACCCCCCCACCGACGCACAGAAUCCCCCCACAGACGACUCGUUCGGGGAAGCAGAGGGCAGCCCUAGCCGCAGUGGAGAGGAAGAUGCUGUAAGUGUGUGUGCAGUUGUGCAUGUGGCCCUGGGGUCGCCCUGCCCCAGUGAGACAGCUGAGCCCAGCCCAGAACAGGCCAGUCCAGAGGCUGGGAGCUAG